GCAAUAGCAGAUAGCAGGGUGUGGACCUGAACGACGUAGACGACCUGGACCAACUUCUUUUUAUCGAUUAUACAAAAAUAAUAAUAAUAAUAAUAAUAAUUUAAAUAAAUUUUGCUAGUUUAAUAAUUAAAAUAUUAAAACUAAUUAUUAAUAUGACAGAAGUUAAAAAAGACGAUGUUGUUAAAAUUCUUCACACAUACCCUUUUUGUCGAAAAUGUGAUAUGUCGGAUGAAAUGAAACAAGAAGUUAUGGAACUCUGCGUUACAGCUGCUGAAAAAUAUGCAGAUAAUUAUGAAAGUGUUUCAAAAAUGAUUAAAGAGACAAUGGACAGAAAGUUUGGGGCGUCUUGGCAUACUGUAGUUGGAGAGGGAUACGGAUUUGAAAUUACCUAUCAACUAAAACAUUUACUUUACAUGUAUUGUGCUGGUAAUUUAGCUAUUUGCAUAUGGAAAUCAGCUUAAUAUUGUUAUGUGAUAAUUGAUAAUAUUAAACCAAAGAUAAUAAUAAUAAUAAUAAUAAUAAUGAUUAUUAUCAUUAUUAUAUGAUGAUGAGUACACAAUCUGUAUUAAUUAAACAUCCAAGGAUUCUUUUUUUUUUAAUAAUAAUUGUAAUAGUUGUUAAUUAAUUAAAUUCAAAAUUACCUCAA